AUGACGGCUGUCGCCGAAGAUGACUGUCCUUUGGUGAAUACUGCUUCAUCCUUGGAUACAAGCAUGACUUUAGCGGGCUGGCCGUAUGGCCUAGUUGCUCGAAGGUUUUAUAGCGGUGAUGAGUUGGCAUGUUGGGUCCCUCUUCUUGCUCGGCUCCACAGACAAGGGGAAAGUAUCAGUUUUGGUCUUGUUGCGCUUGAUCCAUCUCUACUCCCCAACAACCAGUUUGACUUGGAUAUUGGUUCUUACGAGGGCCUUGAGCGGACGCUUCCAUUUCUAUAUUACAACUUGCAAGUGCGCCCGUCGAAAAGAGUCAGGAACGUCUUACGUGACAUAAAGAAGUCCAUGAAAACGGGCGACGACUUCAUCCCGGGCCUCAACGAUCUUGUCCCCUUGCUAUCGGGUAUGCUGGCUACCUCCAGGCUACGAAGAAUCCCGGCUCCGAAUCUAUAUUCAAGAGGAGUUACUGCCUCUGAAGGUUUUCUCGUCUUUAGCAAGCGGCUAGAAGAUUUGGUCUCUACGAGAGGAAAGCUUGCUACUAAACAAUCACUGGACAUCUUGUCAUACGUCCAAGAUAUUAAUGCCCAACUGAAUAGUUUGCGGGAGCCAGAGCGUCAAAGUUUUCCGAAGUAUAUUACAGAGGACGAGAAAUUUGUACCCUUAAUUCUUCGCUGCUACGAGGAAAUGACAAAUUUUCUCCGCAGCGUCAACUUCGACUACAACUUCCUUGUAUGGGUGCAUAUAACACAAGCGGUAAUGCCGCUGAAGCCCUUGACGGAUCGUCAUAAAGCACAUGAGCUAUAUGGCCUCGAUCCAGAAGACCUUGACGAGAGGCUUGUGACCAGUAUGGAAAGUUAUUUUGAUGCCUUACCCGACCUACCUUCUCGGUUCACUGCAUAUUCUUACGCGGGGUGGAGCGAGAGUUUCCUUCCCGAGCUUGAAGAUUCCUGGCUUUCUAUGAUAUUCCGUGCAUUCUGCUGGCAGCAGAGCCAUGAGUUUAUUGAAGGUGUACCACCCCUUCCGAGCGAGUACUGGAAUAGCAAGAUGCCUGUAUAUAUAGGGUAA